UAUUAGAUUAGAUGCAGAUCCCCAAUAAACCACAUGACCUCGGGUAUUUAAAAACCCCACAAAGCGCAAGUGAAGAAUAGUGGCCAUUGCCUCGUUAUAGCGCAUAUCGAUCACUUCACCCAACACUACUACUAGAGAGAGAAAGAGAAACCUUUAUUAUUGCAAUCUCUUCAAAUUUCUAUUCCCAAGACUAGAUAGAGUUAGUUUUCUGGUCUUUGGUCUUCUCCUCCUCCUGCUAUUUCUUACUUGCUUGGGAGUGAGUGACUACUGCAAGUGUAAGUACAAAGAGAGGGGCACAGGACGAGAAAUACAGAUAAAAAGCAAAUUUUUCUUCACUAGAAUCAAAAGCUUUUUGAAAAGAAAAAAAACUCUCACACAAAUGGGUAGAGAGUGGUUAUACUGGGGCAGUGGCAGUGGUACUAGUAAUAAAUCCAGUACUCAAAGAGGAAGUAGAAGAAAAACAAAAGGAGAAGAAGUCAUCAAUAAUAUUAUUAAUGAAGAAGCUACACCUCCUCCUGGUGGCUGCAUGUGUUUCCAAAUCUUCGAUUUACCCCAUUUUCAAGUAGCUUUGAACCAACAAUCUCGCUCUCUCAAGCAACAUCAUCAUCAUCAUCCUUCUUUCUUUCAACAACACAAAGAACCUUCUCUCCUCAAAGGAGUUGAAGCACCAAGAAACAGCUUGGAAUUAGAUGAGCCUGUUCCAGAACGGAAAUCAGUAUCAAGUUCAUUGUCGUCUUCAUCAACCAUGAAAGUAGACGAACAAAAUUUGAAUAUCCCGGUAGGUAUUCAAAUCAGAACAAGCUGUGAUUCGAGAUCACCGCGAGUGUCAACAUCAGGCGGAUCAAGAACAAGGACAGAUCAUGAUAUAUCAUCAGAAUGUAGCAGCAGCUCACCAGCGGGGACCAAGACCCCAACUCUAGUAGCUAGGCUAAUGGGCCUUGAUCUCAUCCCUGAAAACAAUAACUCUCCUCGCAUUUCAAUUUCAACUAAUUGCAAUACAAAGUCACAGUCAAAGAAUGUGUUGGUUAACAAUAAUAAUAGCAGUAAAAACAGAAGACGAUUCAGUAGCUUUGAAAGUAGUGAUACUAAUUAUAUCACUACAGGUACUCUGUCACUACCAGAGACGCCCAGAAUAUCUUUAGCCAGAAGGUCAGAUGUAGAUCAUCAUCAACGCCACCAGCAUCACAGGUUAUCUCUUCAAAUUAACAAAGAGAACAUGGGUGAUGCAUUUGAAUUUUCAGAUUCUUCUUCUACUACCAGUGUCAGUAGGAAAAUGGCGAGGAACAAUAGGAUGAGUUUUUAUCAACAAGAAAAUGAUAACCAAACGAGAAGUCCAGGGUACUAUGCUAGGCAGAUUGUGAAGCAAGUGAAAGAAAGCGUCAGCAGAAAAGUUGGUCAUGACAUUACCAACACUGCUAGUACUAGUAUCAGGAGAAAAGAUGAUCAAUUAGCUGCUAAAUAUGAUCAAGUUGUGUUGCUCAAACCAAAAAAAGCAUCAAAUGGAAAUGACGAUGAUUUUAGACCAAGCAAACAAACAACUCCUUCUUGCUCACCUAGGUUCAGAUUUUUGGAGCCCAAGAGUACUGGUACUAAACAUCAAACCUCUCAUUCACCCAAAUUUUCACCAUUAUCUCCGCUUUCAGAGACUACCACUUUAUUAUUACCAGCAAAAAUUGUCACUAAGCCUAAGCCUCAAAGUUCGCCGAAAGAUCAAGUGCAACAAAGAAAAGGUGACAAAUUUGUUCCAAAGAAGCCACCGCAAGCUUGUGAUGCUAUUCGGAGCAAGAAGGAAGAGCUAUUUGUUCGUUCAGCAGCAGCAACAAAUAAAGCAAAUUUUGCGGAGAAGAAAUGCAAGCUGAAAACUCCAUUGUCAAAUCAACUUGUUAACACCAGUACUGUUCCAACUAUUUUGCCAUUAAGGAAAGACCCGUCUCCUCCAACCACCAAGUUACUCAUUAAGCAGUCUCAGGAAUCAGAUACUUAUCCAUCGAAAAGGAGCAGCAGAGAGUUAUCUAGUAGUUCGAGCCAUAAUAAUUCGUACUACUACAAACUCACCACACUCCAAGAAAACCGCGACAAAUGUAACGGUGUCAUUUCCAUUGAUGGACUCAAUUUUCAUCAUCAGUACAUUCAGAGAAUACUAAAACGUACGGGUCUUGACAAAACUACUCCAAUCUCCUUAGCCAAAUGGUACUCUCCUUCUCACCCACUUGACCCCUCCAUUUUUCACUACUUAGAACUUUUCAAUUCUACCACACAUAAUUUAACCCUCAAAUGCAAUCGAAAGUUAAUUUUCCAUCUUGUCGACGAGCUACUGGUCGAUAUCUUGAUGAAAAAUAACAAUUUCAAGCAUCGAUCGAUGGAUGGGGAGGAAUUGAUUGACACAUUGUGCUCGAGAAUACGAAGUUUUCCUUCAGCUAAUUGUCAAGUUCUUGAAGAUAUUGAUGCAUUGAUAGACAAAGAUAUGGAAAUUGGUGCAAGUGUAUUUUUUGAGGAACAAGUGGAAAGUAUAGUGUGUGAGAUUGAACGUGAGAUUAUGGAAGAAGUGGUGCAUGAUACUGUGUGAUGAUUGAAAAAAGAAACAAGGUCUGACUUGGGUCACAUGGGGUAAUUCACGUGAUGAGAUGCCAUUCAUUUUUAAGGGUCAUGGGGACCAAUAUUAUUAGUCAUUGUUGGACUCAUUCUACUUGCAAAAAGGCAAAUUAAGUGUAGUGAUAAAACUAUAAUAGGAGUUGUUGCUUUUACUUUUUCUAAUGUAAUUACUAUUACUAUAUCUCAAUAAACAACUC